AUGAAUCAUAUAACCAAAAGUCAAAGGGAAAGAACACUUGCUGGUUUACGUGAUGGACAUUUCAAUAUUCUUGUUGCCACUGAUGUUGCUGCCCGUGGUCUUGAUGUUCCUAAUGUCGAUUUGGUGAUUCAUUAUGAGCUUCCGAAUAACACGAAGACAUUUGUCCACAGAACGGGGAGAACAGGCCGUGCUGGGAAGAAAGGAAGUGCUAUUCUCAUCUAUAGUCAAGAUCAAUCCAGGGAAGUUAAAAUAAUUGAGAGAGAAGUUGGGAGCCGUUUCACUGAGCUCCCUAGCAUUGCUGUGGAACGUGGUGGAAGCAUGUUUGAAGGAAUAUGUAGUCGAUCUGGUGAGUUCUUUGGAGGAGGCAUGAGAGAUUGUGGUUCAAGAUUUGGUGGACGUUCAGGUGGUGGUUACGGUAGCAACAAUGGCCAUUUAGGCAACCGUUAUUCUGGUGGUUUGGACCAUUCUGGUUUUGGGAGAUUUGGUUCAGACCGUUCCUCUGGUUUCGGGGGCUUUGGUUUAAAUCGUAUUUCUCAGUUAAGUGGAAAGAGUAGCUUUGGUGGCUUUGGCCCCAACGAUGGUAAAAGGUCUUUCUGA